CCAGGCUAGUUUAUAAUUGUGAAUAUCUGUGUUGAGUAGUCCGUUGCUGAAAGAGGUAGUGAAUAAAUUGAAGGGCAUGGUAACCCCAUCGUGGAAAGUGAUGGCAUCAGAUGGAACGGUUAGUGAUGUGAACUCUGCUCCUGUAGGCCCCUCCUCUCCUCCGUCCACCACCGUUUGCCUUCUUCUCUCUGCCGCCAACACUGCUUGUGGUGCCUUCACCGGCUCCCUUUAUGGCUAUGGUGCCGGAUUGAUUAAGAAGAAAGGCUUUACAGGAUCCUUUAAAGAAGCAGGAUCUAACGCUAAGACAUUUGCAAUUUUAUCUGGCGUUGAUAGUUUGGUUAACUGCAUCUUGGCAAGACUUCGAGGAAAGGAAGAUGCCAUUAAUGCUGGUUUAGCUGGAUGUUGCUCUGGUCUUGCUACAAAUUUUCCUGGUACACCCCAAGCACUUCUACAGAACUGCCUCACUUUUGGAGCUUUUUCUUUCAUCAUUGAAAGGGUAACCAAAAAGCAACGAUCAGCAAUUGCUUAUCCCAUUUCCAAGAAAACAAGUGCAUAAUUCCUGCAUCUCAUUGGGAAACAAGGUGUAUAGCAUAUUUUGCACCUUUCUUUUGCCUUUAUUCUAGCUUUUCUUCUAGACACAUUGUAGCAAGGACAUGGCUUUUCUUAUAUGCUGCUUGAGUUUCAAAUAUUACCAGCUAAUCUAAAGUUAUAGAGUACUGAUUAUGGUACAUCUGAGAUUUUUCA